ACUAUCACAGCCGAUUAAGCACGAUUCAAGCCGAAACGAUUUGCGGAAAAAAUGGCCCUCCAUUCAGACUAUUUGACACCUGGGCCACAUGGUUCCGUCAGUCUGCGAUCUACCGGCAAGGAAGUCACCAGCUCUGGUCUCUUUUGGCCAUCCUAGUUCAGCGAAACCGACGACGAGUUCAUCCGACCACCGAAAUGCGUGAUAAGAGUGACGAGCCCUGCUGUCUGCCCUUGAAGGAGGAGUUCCAGCGAUCUAAGUUCUCACUGCAUCAUGAAGAUCCUGGAGUCUUCUGUCGUUCGCAAUGGCAAAAGGGAGAUCGGAAUAUCCUUUGGCUCUUGUACAGAUGGAUCCUGGCUGGUUUCUUUGCCGCCGGCGUCAUUGGCAGCAUGGUGGAGAGUUUCAACGGUGGUCGCUGGUUCAUUUAUCUCACGGAUUGGGGAUUUUCCUUGUGCUUUUAUUGCUGUACCUAUGGAGCUGUUAUCGCCACUAUUUACUUCAUAAAGCCCUCAUAUUUCGCUCCCGGCAGUUGGGCUUUGAAGAUCUACUGGCUUUCCCACUACACAACUGUAGUUCUGGCCAUGAUGAUUACAUUGGUUUUCUGGGCUGCCCUCUAUCCAUCCAUGCCAGGAAUGGGUGCUGAACUCUACAACUUGUGGGCUCAUGCGUUUAACUCCAUUUGCAUGGUCUUCGACUGCUUUAUGGUGGCCUUUCCCACUCGGAUCAUGCACUUUGUCUACCCCUUCACCGCAGGUAUUACCUAUGGUAUAUUCUCAUUGAUUUACUUCUGGGCUGGUGGCGCAGAUCCAAUGGGAAAUCGUUAUAUCUACUUCAUCUUGGACUGGGAGCGACCUGGUCUGGCAAUUGGAACUGUUUGCGGUUGUGUGGUUCUAGUCAGUUGCUUCUGUGUGCUUGUCUUUGGUCUCUACAGGCUGCGUAUCUCGAUGCACAAAUCCUGUUGUAAAAAACCUGAGGAAAUUCCAGCUACAACUCCACCAAAGCAGCCAGCUCAAACUGUUUGAUUGAAGUUCUGGCAGAACUCGAAGUAUGCAAAUAAGUUUCUUGAGGGAGUUGUUGAGGCUCAGAUCUGGAAAGUCUAUAAACUUCGAUCCUUACCUCCAUAGAACUUUUAAUUUCUGUUUUAUAACCUCUUUUAAAGGGAAUAUUCUUAGAGCAUUUUGACUAAGAAGUUAAGUUUUCAAUCUAUUAUAACGCUUGAAAAUUCGUUUACAAUUUUCUACAAUUCAUAUUGAAAUUGUGAAAAUAAUUAUCUAUAUAAAAUGAAAAAGUUAAAAAACGAAA